GGCGAGCGCGAAGCAGUCCGUCAGUGCCGUGUUACACUUGGCUCGCGGUGGUCGGUAGCUCGGUUGCUGGUUCGCAUAGACAUCAUUUGACAAUUAAUCGGGAGUGAAUUGGUGUGUGCGCGUGUGCGUCCGUUCUAUCCGUGUGUACGUAUGCUCGGCGGUUCCAGUACGCCGCGAUCAUACUAUACACACAUGUUCGCGAAAGUUUGAAUCUCGGGAGAGGAUCGUGCGGAAAACCAUGUCACGCAGAACUACCAAAAGAUAACCGGGUCGCUGUUAGAAUAUCGGGAUAUUUUUAUUUAUUUUAUUUUACGUUCUUUUUUCCCUCAUCUUUUCGUUGUAAUAGAUCAAAUUUACCCCGCUGUAACGGACCACCGAUCGGCAUCGAUAUAUUGGGAUUCGCCAUCACGAUCCAACCUUCUUCUUCGGAUUUUUCUUGAAAAUUUCGCCGUAACGUUAUUUCCGAUAAAACGAUAAGGAUCCAUCGAUCGUGAAGUAUAUAUAUCAUACGUAGUGCCGACGAUGAGCAAAAUUACGUCUUGUUCGAUGAGUGUCCAAUUGUGAACCGGAUGAAAAGAAGAAAAGCAGUUUCAAAUUGAAAUUUGUAAAUUUCGAUCAGUGACCGUCGCGAUUAAAACUUCCGUUAUAUCUGAAGCGAGAAAAGAGAAAGAAAGUAUUGAGGAGCAAAAAACGAAUUUUAAUAAUCUGUGAUUUUAAAUUAAUCAAAAAUUAAUAACGAAAAAGUCUUCAAUCAUGAGUCCUACGGUCGUUUUUCUGUGCCUUGUGAUCCUGACGGCUGUAUCGGCGAAUCCUGGACCUAAACCACGGAUUGACAACCGGCCACCGACGAUUUACAUGAAUCAUUUUGCCGUUCACGUCCCGGAUGGUCCUGAAGCUGCUUCAGCUAUCGCGGAGAAACACGGAUUCGAAAAUCACGGACAGGUCGGCUCUCUGAAAGGCUAUUACCUCUUCUCGCACAAACACGUCCACAAACGGUCGGUUACAAUAAGCGAUCCUCAUCACGAGGCACUAAAAAAUGAGCCACAGGUACAUUGGGUUCAGCAACAGCAUGAAAGAAAAAGGAAGAAGCGAGACUUCAGCGGACCCUCAUUCAGUUUUAGCGACUAUCCAACCUUUUCUGAUGACUACAACCCCAGGCAAAAACAACAGUAUCAUCAGCAAAAAAAUCGCGGGGUUGCUUUUCAAAGCCUUUUCCCAGAUCCGCUCUUCAAAGAGCAGUGGUACUUGAACGGUGGAGCCAAGGAUGGAUACGAUAUGAACAUCGGACCGGCAUGGCAGAAAGGAUACACUGGUAAAGGUGUAGUUGUCUCAAUCCUCGACGAUGGUAUUCAGACGAAUCAUCCUGAUCUCGCUUAUAACUACGAUCACGAGGCUAGCAUAGACAUAAAUGACAACGACAAUGAUCCUAUGCCAAGAGACAAUGGCGACAACAAACACGGCACCAGAUGCGCUGGAGAGGUUGCUGCUAUAGCUUUCAAUAAUUACUGCGGAGUCGGUGUUGCCUACAACUCUAGCAUUGGAGGUGUUCGAAUGUUGGAUGGACCUGUCAAUGACGCCGUGGAAGCCAGAGCAUUGGGGUUGAACCCCGAGCACAUUGACAUCUACAGCGCAUCAUGGGGUCCCGAAGAUGAUGGUAAAACAGUCGAUGGUCCGGGACCAUUGGCAAGACGUGCCUUCAUCUAUGGCGUCACCAGCGGCCGCAGGGGAAAGGGUUCGAUCUUCGUCUGGGCGUCGGGUAACGGUGGACGUCAUACGGACUCUUGUAACUGCGACGGUUACACUAACAGCAUUUUUACAUUGUCGAUUUCAAGCGCCACGCAAGGCGGUUACAAACCGUGGUACCUCGAGGAGUGUAGCUCGACGCUGGCGUCAACUUACUCCUCCGGUACACCCGGGAACGACAAGAGCGUAGCGACUGUAGACAUGGACGCGAAACUUCGUCCUGAUCACAUAUGCACGGUUGAACAUACGGGUACUUCAGCAUCUGCUCCCCUAGCCGCAGGUAUCGCGGCUCUGGCUCUCGAAGCGAAUCCUAGCCUGACAUGGAGGGACAUGCAGUAUCUGGUAGUACUUUCUUCGAGGUCUGGACCCCUCGAAAAAGAACCCGGAUGGAUUUUGAACGGCGUUAAAAGAAAAGUAUCUCACAAAUUUGGAUACGGACUAAUGGACGCCGGGGCCAUGGUCAGCCUCGCUGAGCAAUGGACAAAUGUGCCCCCGCAGCAUAUAUGCAAGUCGCAGGAAAUCAACGAAGAAAGACCGAUCGAUCCCACCCCAGGAUACACGCUCAAUGUUCACAUGGAUGUCAGUGGGUGUGCGGGUACUUUGAACGAAGUUCGCUUCCUUGAACACGUUCAGUGCAAGGUAUCGCUGAGGUUUUUCCCUCGCGGUAAUUUGCGGCUACUUUUAACCUCCCCAAUGGGCACUACGUCCACUCUACUUUUUGAAAGACCCAGAGACGUUCUGAGCUCCAACUUUGACGACUGGCCUUUCCUCAGCGUUCAUUUCUGGGGUGAAAAGGCUGACGGACGCUGGACCCUACAGAUCAUCAACGCGGGUAAUCGCCACGUCAACACCCCAGGAAUACUGAAGAAAUGGCAGCUUAUCUUUUAUGGAACGGCUACCAACCCAAUUAGGAUUCGGACGCAGCAGUUUAAUCCGGUACAGGCGAACCCCUCAAUACUAUCCCCCUUCUCACAAACCCACCUGCCCCAUGGCUUCUACAAUUCCGACUUCUUUGGCGUAUCUGCGUUUCAGACCUACCAGGGUGUCUUCACGGGAUCUGCUUCGAAUGUUCAGGAGUCCGUGGCUAGUCCCGAUGGCUCUGCUGCGUCAAUAUUGACUAACCAAUUGCCAAAUGACGUCGCUUCAAACAGUGAUCGCUUUGCAAAUCAAAGAUGCGAUCCACAGUGUGACUCGCAGGGUUGCUACGGUGACGGGCCGACGCAUUGCAUUGCAUGCAAAAACUACAGACUUGAUAACACCUGCGUUAGUCGAUGCCCGCCAAGGAGCUUUCCAAAUCAGGGCGGACUUUGCUGGCCCUGUCACGAAAGCUGUGAAAAUUGCGCCGGCGCGGGACAGGACUCUUGUCUUUCCUGUGCUCCUGCUCAUCUUCUGGUCACGGACCUUGCUGUCUGCCUGCAGCAGUGCCCCGAGGGAUAUUACGAGAAUUUAGAAAACGGAACGUGCAUACCAUGCGAGGCUAACUGUGCUAGCUGCCAAAAUCGUUCGGAUCAUUGUACUGCGUGUGAACACCACUUAGUCUUGCACGAAAACACGUGCUACGCUGCCUGUCCCAAAAACACGUACGAAACGAUGGACUAUAACUGCGAAGCCUGUCAUACAUCCUGUGAAACUUGCAAUGGCACCGGCGAAACUCAGUGCAUCAGUUGUCGGCCUGGACUCUAUUUUUCCGAAGGUACGUGUCUGGCUUCUUGUCCAACGGGAUUUAGCGCUGAUAAGAAAAGGCGGGAGUGUGUUCAGUGUCCCACGGGAUGUUUGACGUGUACAUCCUCCGGUUGUACCACUUGCAUCCGUGACUGGAACUUGAAUGCCAACAGUUUCUGCGCCCCAGCGAGUCGUACGCGAUGCGAUAGUACUGAAUAUUAUGAAAACGGACGGUGCAAGAGGUGCCAUUCGACAUGCGAGACCUGUGCCGGACCCACCCGUGAUUCCUGCGUCUCCUGUCAGGAGACACUGCUCCUGCAGGGUCAAAAAUGUGUUGCCCAAUGCGAGGACGGUUACUAUUCCGUCGCCCAGCCAGCUAGCAAACCUCUUUGUCUGCCCUGUCUUCAUACAUGCAGGACCUGCACCUCCAGAUUGAACUGUACCACUUGCAAUGAUGGACUUCAGCUGCAGAGUGGCGAGUGUAGAUCUUCCUGUGCUGACGGAUAUUAUAGCGAUCGCGGACAAUGCGCAAAAUGUCACAUGUCCUGCAGAACUUGUUCUGGACCCAGGAGAGAUCAGUGUGUAACCUGCCCGAGAGGCUGGCAAUUGGCUGCAGGAGAAUGUCAUCCAGAAUGUCCCGAAGGAUUCUUUAGGAACAACUUUGGGUGUCAGAAGUGUCAUCAUUACUGCAAGACCUGCAGAGCCGAAGGGCCGCUAGGGUGCACUUCGUGUCCUGCUCACUCUAUGCUGGAUGGCGGCCUUUGCAUAGAAUGUCUCAGUAGCCAGUAUUAUGACUCAGUGACGCAACUCUGCAAAAGCUGUGACUCAAGCUGUCAGAGGUGUACGGGACCAGGAAAGUUUAGUUGCUUGUCAUGCGCUGCUCCGUUGCACAUCGACAAACUGAACAAUCAAUGCGUCCCUUGCUGUCCAGCUAAUAUCAAUAAUGCCGAGGAUCAAGACUGUUGUCUAUGUAAUCCAGCAACGGGUGGUUGCCGGAACAGCUCUCCAGCUGGAAAGCGGACAGUUCCCCGAGACGGAGGUCAGGGGGUUUCGGAUAGCUUUGGCAGAACCGAGGAUUCUGCAUCGUUAGCUGUCACAGCAGCCACCGCCUUUGCAGUGGCGAUUUGCGUUGCGUCAAUCGCUUUGUUUGCUGCGAUAUUUGUCGCUCUUCAGGCCAUAUCUAGGAGGAGAGAGUCGACUCUCGGCUACACAAAAUUGGCCGUGCAGGUGGAACCUAUCGAUGAAAUGGACGCGGAUGAUACAACUCAGCUAAUGACCUAAACUCGAAUUUCGUCGCACCCGCUACAGGACAACUUUUAUUAAACUAUUCCUCUGGAGUCUUCACUCCUAGAUGACUUCCAAAGUUGAGAUCUGCCCAGUGUGCGACGAGAUCCAUAUAGUGAUAUAGGAUUGAUUGUCAUUCAGGGCACAUGCUAGCGCACUUUGAAAAUCGUUGUCUGCAAGUGACAACUAGUAUUUUGACUUGUAACUGAUAGUCAUUUGUACAUGAAUCAGUUUAACCGAUUGACUUGAUCUGAAUGUCAGAAAAAUCAACGAACUGUAUGUAAGGUGUGUCGUGUGCGACUAGUGGACGAUUAAGAGUAUACGUACAGUUAAUCCGUACAUAUUGUAUUGAAAAAGUCGGUACGUUUCGUUCGCUUCUACAGUGUGGACUUGUCAAGACUCGCGCUAUAGAUGACAAAAAGUGUUGUAAAGUGCCUGAUUAAUAAGACCCUUUCAUCUUAAAUCUGCUCAGCCACGACCUUCUUCCUAGACAAAGUUUUAAGACUAGUUCCCAAUUUAUGACAACUCAUUUUCACCAAAAAUCUCGUAGCGAAUGUGAGAUAUAAUUCUGAAUACUGUAGCAGCCGGAGUAACCUUCUCUUUUCAACUUUAUGAAUGGAUAACUGAAGUUCUUUAUUCGUCAUUUUAUUGUAAAAAAUUAUCACAAUUGAUUUACAUAUUUAAUCAUUUUUAUAUAAUAUACAAGUCUGAAAAUU